AUGGGCGAGCAUAAUCUCCUGAAUCCCGGGUUUGUGGGGCCGCUGGUGAACAUCCACACGGGGGACACGUUCUACUUCCCCAACUUCCGCGCGUCCGGGGCGCAGCUGCCGGGGCUGCCGUCGCUGUCCUACCCGCGCCGCGACAACGUGUGCUCGCUGCCCUGGCCGUCGGCGGAGCCCUGCAAUGGCUACGCGCAGCCCUACCUCGGCAGCCCCGUGCCGCUCAACCCGCCCUUCGGCCGCACGUGCGAGCUGGCGCGAGCGGAGGACAGCAAGGGCUACUACCGCGAGCCGUGCGCCGAGGGCGGCGGGGGCCUGAAGCGCGAGGAGCGCGGCCGCGAGCCGGGCCCCGGGGCCGCGCUGCUGCCGCUGGAGCCGUCGGGGCCGCCGGCGCUCGGGUUCAAGUACGACUACGCGGCGGGCGGCGGCGACCCGGGAGCCGCGCACGACCCGCCCUCGUGCCAGUCCCUGGAAUCCGACUCCAGCUCGUCCCUGCUCAACGAGGGCCACAAGGGCGCCGGCGCGGGCGACCCGGGCGGCUUGGCGUCGCCCUUACACCCCGGCGGCGGGCUCUCGGCCAGCGGCGCGCCCUGGUACCCGAUCCACAGCCGCUCCCGGAAGAAGCGCAAGCCCUAUUCGAAGUUGCAGCUGGCGGAGCUGGAGGGGGAGUUUCUGGUGAACGAGUUCAUCACACGGCAGCGCCGGAGGGAACUCUCAGACCGCUUGAAUCUUAGUGACCAGCAGGUCAAGAUCUGGUUUCAGAACCGGAGAAUGAAAAAGAAAAGACUUCUGUUGAGGGAGCAAGCUCUCUCCUUCUUUUAGAGGGCAAGACACGGGCACCCGCCCCGGACUGAGCCUGUCUCUGGCAGAGAGCAAGGGGGGCGCUGCCUGGGACACAGUCCCCGCUUAGAACGCCAGGCAUCUCUGGCAGGCGCUCCCUGGACAUCCUCUUGUCUGUUUUGUUUGUGGUUCCCUCCCACACACCCCCCAGCAGGCCCUGCCAGGUCCCAGCCCAGCCAGGGAAAGAGGAAGCCCACAGCUGCAGACAGGGGAUAGGGUCAGGGAAGGCUGAGGUGCUGGGGAGAGGCUGCUCUACAGUGGGACUGGGGCAUUGGGCCUCUGGCUGAGGACCUGGAGGAAAGGCAAUCCACGCGCCCUCCUCCCUCCCACAAUUCUCCUUCCAGGGUCUUGAGUCAGCCAGCAGUGGGCAGAGGUGGGGACAGUGGAACCAAGGCUCCCCAAACUCCCAACAGUUGGGGUUAGGAGAGGAGGGAGCGAGAGUGGAGGAUCGGUGCGGAGACCGGAAGGGGUUAGGGCAGCUCCGAGAGGGCAGGAGGAAGUGCAGGAACCUAGAGGAAGUCCGGUUCGGGAGAACAGGCGAUGCUCCAGUCCACAGGGGUCUGGUCCCCUAGGCCUGGACACCCCACAGGCGCAGACAGGCGGCUGGUGACCUGGCUGCGGACGGGGCGGGCGUCAGCCUCCCGGCCCCUCUGGGGCAGGCUGCAGGAAGAGUCUGGGCCCCUCUCCCCACGGCCCUGCGCCGCGCUCACAGGUGUGCCUCCCUCCGCUCUUCCUGCCGCCCAGGCUGCUGCGGGCCGAAGCCGGGAGCGUGACACUGGGAGCUGGGCCGAUGCCGCCUCCGGUGUCCGGUGUAGCGGCCCCCCAGGGACCCCCACCCGGCCCUCCAGGAGGCCCGGGAGGCCGGGAAAGGGGCUGUGAGGCGCACCGUUGAUUGGCCGGGAGAGUUUCUGGCAGCCGCGCGGCUCCGCCGCCGAUCCCCCCUUCCCGCUGGCGUUCACGGUCACGGCCGGAGGCUGGCCCGGCAUAAUUUACGAGGCAGGAGGAGAAUCUGCCCCUAAAGGGGCUACCGGCCACGGAGGCCCCUGCUCAGCCCGGCUUUCCCAGGCUGGUGACAAUGAAGGAGGGGGGCGCUGCUGCCCCCCCCCGCCCAACUCCUUUCUCUCUUUCACCCCCCCACUCCACCCGCCCCCCAACGUCGCCCUUUGUCUCAGGAUCUCAGGAUCCACUGCCUCCAGGCCAGCGAGCCGCAGAGUACCAGGACCAGAGCCAAAGGAGGGGCACAUCCCCAGAACCAGCUGGAAGCCAGAGUGGCUUCUUCAGCCCAGGGCCUUUACCCAUAGCGCCCUUCAGACCCCAGCCCCAGCCCCAGCCCAGUAGAUCUAGGCUGGCUUAGGAGAGAGGGCAGUGAAGACGUGCGGCGCCCUCCUGCACCCCCUGUUUAUCCCUCUGGGUGAGAGUCCCUCUACCUCCCAUCUGCUGACCCACCCUUGCCAGGAGGAAGAAGGUGAGGACCAGGGGACUGAUGCGAGCUAAACCCAGCAUGGACAGUGUGAACUGGCCUGCUAGCUUGGAGUUCUUCCUGCCGGGAAGAGUCCCCCUAACACACCCUGGAAUGGCAGCCCCCAGAGCCUCCCACCCUCCCACCAGCACGCAGCUUCAGGUCCCUGUACAGGGUUGUGCAGAGGCAUGGACAAACACAGCACAGCUGAGCCCAGCUCCACUCCCCCGGGGCCUAUGCCACUCCCCUGACUGUACUUGGAAGCAGGCACCCUCUUGUACAGCCCCAAAUACAGCCCUGCAGAAUGGCCGUACAAUCACUUGCCCUCAGCCCCCACUGGGCACCUGACACCUUCCCCACUGACAUAAAUGUUUCACCUGUGUACAAGUUCUCAGACAUCAGCACCAUUCCAGCUGUCUGCACAAUCCCCUGUGGGCUGGCCCUGGGUAUGAGGCAUCUCCCCUUUGCCUGGUCGCCCAUGUACCCCUUUAUGCAGCCCCUCCUGUGACCUUGUGGGCUCUGGGGUGCUGGAUUCGAGCUUCACCACUCCAGCCUGGCUCCCACAGCUUAGUGGAGGAAAAGAGACCAGAACACUAUAAAAGGGGUGGGGGUACAAAGAUAUGCAAUAUUCUUCUUCCUGUCGCUUUAAACUGACUUCCGUGAGCUUCUCUGUCAAUCCGUGUCCAGUUCUCUGUGUCUGUUGCUCGUACCUAGUGUAGUCUCUGUGGGUAGAUGCCCUUCCCAGCUCUCUGUAGUGUGCCCUCCUAUUCAAAUGUCUGUCUUUAGCACGUUUUCCCUUUAUAUAGUCCUUGUACAGA